AUGGCUGAAAGAAAGGUUCUCUCUAAGUAUUAUCCGCCGGAUUUUGAUCCCUCGGCGAUCGAGCGCUCGUCCAAGCGCUCUCGCAAGGGUGGCAAAACCGAGCCCAAGCUAUCAGCCAGUCGUUUGAUGACACCCUUCUCUAUGAAAUGCACUCACUGCGGCGAGUACAUCCCAAAGGGUCGCAAGUUCAACGCGCGCAAGGAGACCCUCGAGGAACGAUACUUGUCUGUUCAAAUCUUCCGAUUUUACAUCCGAUGCACCCGAUGCAGCGGCGAGAUCACCUUCCGGACUGACCCCAAGAACAAUGACUACCAGUGCGAACGUGGCGCAAAGCGCAACUUCGAAGUUUGGCGAGACGACAAGGAUGAGAAGUACAACGAUGAGACCGAAGAGCAGACUCUCGACCGACUUGAGAAGGAACACGGCGAGAAAGAGGAGCAGAUCGAACGUGACAAGAUGGCCGAACUCGAAGACAAGAUGCUUGACUCGAAGCGUGAGAUGCAAAUUGCCGACGCACUUGACGAAAUCCGAACUCGCAAUGCCCGCAUCGAGCGCAACGAGGCCCACGGUGAUGAGGCUUUGGCUACUGUUCAGCAAGGACUCGACGAGGAAGCUCUUCGAGCUGAGAGGAAGGCUGCCGAGGAUGCAGUGGCUAUUCGCAAGGAGUUCUGGGAAAAGAAGCGUGCAGCACAGUCGGCAGCGGUCGACGCAGAGAUUGAAGCAAAGCUGGCCGCGCCCUCGAUUGCUGAUAAAUAUGGACCUGACUUCUGGAAGCGUCGCAAGCGAACUCCUCGUCCCAAGCUUUUCGCUAAGCCAAAGCCAAGCCUGGUCUAA